AUGAAGGGCAAGGUGCGGCGGGGGUGCGGGGGGCCUUGCAACCACUGCGGGCGGACAUGCAGCCCGUGCUGGCGCAAGGGCCCGCCGGAGAAGCCGGUGCUCUGCAACGCCUGCGGCGCGCGCUACCUGGUCAAGCGCAACCUCGAGGGCUACAUGCCGGGCCAGAAGGCAACCGGCGGCGUAACCCCCAGGGAGCCCCCCAGGACGGAAGCCCGCAGCUUGCUGAGUUGCGAUCGGGCAUCCUCGGGCAGCUCUGACAGGUCCACCGGGGAUAGGCGGUCGGUGAGCUCCAGCUCGCUUUCUCACAGCCCGGGCGCACGGCCCAGGCGGAGGCGCAGGGUGCUGUACCGGCCCGGGGGGGAUGAAGAUCUGGAUUGGGACGUGAUGGAGACCGACGGGGCCGGGGGUGAGGAGGGCUGGUCGUGGCGGCGGUUCGAGAUCGGCCCGCGCGGGAGCUUUGCAGGGGAGGCGAUGGCCUCCGACCAGGUGAGGGGCCGGAGUCCCGUCGCGGGGUGGAGCGCGGGGGGCGCCGCCUGGCCAAUUCCGGCCCCCGCAGGUUUUGACCGAUGGCUGACCGCGCAGGAGUACCUCGAGGACCUGGCCCGCGUGGCCGCCUGCACGCUGGCGAUGCUGCGCUGCUCCGGGCCGCACCUCAAGGCGGCGAAGGGCCACGCGGUGCGCCGGGGGGCGGUCGUCAAGCCCCCCCAACAUCGGUACCGAUUCAUCAGCCAGGGCUGA